UUUCUUUGACACUACAUGUGCAAGUAAUGUGCAAAGUAUUUCCCCAAUGUUCACAUCAUCACCUCUUCAUUUUAUUGAUGACUGCAGCAAUCGUAGCGCUGACGUGGGGCGGAAAUGAAAAGAGAAGACAGGAAUUUCCUGCCUUUCCUUGAGAAGGAUUAUUAUGAAUCUUUGAGGAUUAUUGAUUGAUGGCGGUGCCGUCCCGUCCGGGUCAGCCAUGAGCCAAUCAUCGGCGUCAUCGUUGUUGGCCAUGCCGCCGGUUCUUCUCGUCCUCCUCGUGAGCGUCUUCUCCGGCGCCGGCGGCCUUCCUCAGCCGCUGCCCCGAGUCUUCCUCUCAUUUGACGAGCUGGAGAGCGCCGCCUUGUCGGAGCACUACACGCUCUCAGACAGGCCCAUGGACUACCGCAUCCUGCACGUGGACGAGGACCAGGACCGGAUGUACGUUGGAUGCAAGGACCACGUGCUCUCCAUGGACAUCAACAACAUCACACACGCAGUGCAAAAGGUGUUUUGGCCCGCGUCGACAAGCAAGAUUGACGAAUGCCAAAUGGCUGGAAAAGACCCCACGCACGGCUGCGGCAACUUCAUCCGAGUGGUGCAGCCGUACAACCGAACGCACCUCUUCAUGUGCGGCAGCGGCGCCUACAGUCCCGUCUGCGUCUACGUCAACAGGGGGCGCCGGCCGGAGGAGCAAAUAUUUCACAUUGACUCCAGGUCCGAGUCGGGAAAAGGGAGGUGCUCCUUCAACCCGGAGGUCAACACGGUUUCCAUCAUGCUCAAUCAGGAGCUGUUCUCUGGCAUGUACAUCGACUUCAUGGGCACGGACGCGGCCAUCUUCCGCAGCCUGACCAAGAGGAACGCCGUGCGCACAGACCAGCACAAUUCCAAGUGGCUUAGCGAGCCCAUCUUCGUGGACGCCCACCUGAUCCCGGACGGGUCGGACCCCAACGACGCCAAACUGUACUUCUUCUUCCGCGAGAGGCUGACGGACAACAGUGGCAACACCAAGAACAUCCACAGCAUGGUGGCGCGCGUCUGUCCAAGCGACAUAGGAGGCCAGCGCAGUUUGGUCAAUAAGUGGACCACCUACCUCAAGGCCAGGAUGGUUUGCUCCGUUCUGGAGGAGGACGGCACGGAGACUCAUUUUGACGAGCUGGAAAGUGUGUUUUUGCUGGAAAGCGAGCAUCCCAAAGGCCUGCUGGUGUUUGGAGUCUUCACGUCCACCAGCUCUGUCUUCAAAGGCUCGGCGGUGUGCGUGUACAACAUGGCCGACAUCCUCACAGUCUUCAACGGGCCCUUUGCGCAUCGAGACGGACCCAAUUUCCAGUGGGUGGCCUUCCAGGGACGAAUCCCGUACCCCAGACCCGGGACGUGCCCCGGAGGAGCUUUCACGCCCGACAUUCACACCACCAAAGAGUUUCCGGACGACGUGGUGAACUUUGUGCGCAACCACCCCAUCAUGUUCAAUCCCAUCUACCCAGUGGGCAGGAGACCCCUGGUGGUCCGCACCGGCGCCGACUACAAGUACACAGCCGUGGCUGUGGACCAGGUGGCCGCCGCAGACGGAAACUAUCAUGUCCUCUUCCUGGGAACUGACAAAGGAAGCGUCCAGAAGGUGAUCGCCCUGCCCACCAAUCGGUCCCUGCACAAGGAUCUCAUCCUGGAGGAGCUGCAAGUCUUUAAGAACCAAGCUCUGGUUACCAACUUGAGAAUCUCCUCGAAAAAACAACAACUGUACGCGAGCUCGGAGCUAGGCGUGUCGCAGGUGUCGCUGCACCGCUGCCACGCCUACGGCUCGGCCUGCGCCGACUGCUGCCUGGCUAGAGAUCCGUACUGCGCCUGGGACGGGCUCAGCUGCUCGCGCUUCUACCCCAGCGGAAAAAGGAGGAGCAGGAGGCAGGACGUCAUGCACGGAAAUCCGCUCACCCAAUGCCGAGGAUUCAACCUGAAAGGUGGCUCAAAGCGUUGGGAAAUGAAAAGACCCGGGAUUAAAAAGUUCUUUUUUUUUUUUUGUCCGUUAGCAUAUCGUAACGCGGUGGAGAUGACGCAGUACGCCGUGCGCAACAACACCACUUUCCUGGAGUGCCUGCCCAAGCCGCCUCAGGCGUCCAUCCGCUGGCUCAUUCACAGAGACAACGACAGGAGGAAGGAGGUGAAGGUGAGCGAGCGCGUGCUGUCCACGGAGCACGGCCUGCUCAUCCGCUCGGCCCAGCCGUCCGACCAGGGCCUCUACUACUGCCUGACCACGGAGAACGGCUUCAAGCGCACCGUGGCCAAGAUCCGCCUGCGGGUGCUGAGCGCCGGGGCGCUGAGCGAAAGGGGGCGUUUGGCGUGGCCCUGGGCGGCGGCGGCGGUGGUGAAGGCGUCGCCGGAGGCCGAGAGUUUGGCCUUGCAGCAGUUCUGCAAGGAGAGGAAGGAAAGGAAGGAGCUGCAGGAGCAGCAGAAGAGUGUUUUGCACCCACCGCCAGGGCCUCUCAGGGGGGACUUGGCCAAGCUCAAGCCCCUGCUGGAUCGCAGGAAGAGCCGCAACAGGCGCAAUCAGCUCCCGGAGGACUGACGGCAUGACAGACGGACGGCCAGGAGGCGGGCGGGCGGCCGCAGCGCCGCUUGGAGCGCCACCAGCGAAACGCAAGAGCAACAAUCAGCGUGGAUCCUUUUUUGCCGUGUGGGGAUUAAAGAGACACACUUGAAGGGAAGAAAAGGCAGAAGAAGAUGGAUGCAUGCUUGACUCAAUGGUGCCAAGUCUGCCUAACAAUCCAGAUGAAAAUUAGCAAAUAUUUAUUUCUGUGCCGCAUGCUCAAAGAUUGUCUUGUUCCGACUUGGACACGAGGCGGAACAGGGGCUCUCAAACUUGAGGUAAACAAAUUUCAACAAAGGCUAGGAAAACAAAUUGCAGUUUAUUUGGGUGAGAAAAAAAAGUUUAAGUGUUUAGAAUCAAUUAUUUCUCCCCCAGAAAAAAAGUUUAAAGACCAAAUACGUCGUCUAUAACGUUAUACUCUAUGAGAAUAAAGUUGUAUUUUUAAACACCUUUAUUCUCUUAAAAAAAGCAGCUGCAUUCUCAAAAAAGUACACUUUUUGAUCUAAAAAAAAAAAAAAAAAGACUGAACUCAUGCAUAAUGAUAGGACAUGCUGUCAUAAUUCUUUUUGCAAAGUAUUUUGCAGACCCCCAGGUGGUCCGGGGACCCCAGUUUGAGAACCACUGAGGUAGCACACUCUUCUCAAUUGUCCUUUCAUCCGCCAGGUUGUGAAUACGUCAUGUAGAUAAAGACGACAUGAUCUUAUUUAAUGUGAAUACGCGCUUCCUGUGUGUAAAUACGACCGUGUCUGCAAUUUGCAGACUUCAUUUGAAUGUGUCACUUUUUGCAGAUCAUGUCGAUGAGGACGAGGCUUUCCGAGAUUGACGUAAGCAAACCUUUGUAUUUAUCUGUGAAACUGAUGGCCUGAAUAAAUAAAUCAAUGUUUAGCUGA